AUGCCUAUAAGCAAGGACAAGCUGAUUUUAAUACUAGGAAUGGUCUGUUUGGAACAAGGUAACUCUGCAACCCUUUCUUCCAUCAGAGCUCCUAACUGUGGGCAGAGUCUGGUUAAACCACAGUCUCAGAAUUACUUUAGCCUUUUCAGUCGCAUUGUUGGGGGAAGCCAAGUGGAAAAGGGUUCCUAUCCUUGGCAGGUGUCUCUGAAACAAAAGCAGAAACACGUCUGUGGAGGAACUAUCAUCUCUUCACAGUGGGUCAUCACAGCUGCUCACUGCAUGGCUAAAAGAAACAUUGCAUUAACUUUGAAUGUUACUGCUGGAGAACAUGACCUGAGCCAAGCAGAGCCAGGAGAGCAAACACUAGCCAUUGAAACCAUCAUCAUACACCCGCAGUUCUCCACCAGAAAACCUAUGAACUAUGAUAUUGCUCUUCUGAAGAUGGUUGGAACCUUCCAAUUUGGCCAAUUUGUGAGGCCUGUGUGUCUUCCAGAGCCAGGAGAACACUUUAAGGCUGGAUUUGUUUGCACAACUGCGGGCUGGGGUCGACUGGCUGAAGGUGGCAGCCUCCCACAAGUCUUGCAGCAGGUAAACCUGCCAAUUUUGACUCAGGAGGAAUGUGAGGCAGCUCUGUUGACCUUAAGGAAUCCUGUUACUGGGAAGACAUUCCUCUGCACAGGAUCCCCUGAUGGAGGAAAAGAUGCUUGUCAGGGAGACUCAGGAGGGUCACUCAUGUGCCAGAACAGGAAAGGGACCUGGACUCUAGCUGGCGUGACUUCUUGGGGUUUGGGCUGUGGUCGAGGCUGGAGAAACAAUUCGAGGAGAAAAGAGCAAGGAUCUCCUGGGAUCUUCACAGAUCUUAGCAGAGUGCUUCCCUGGAUCCACGAACACAUCCAGACUGGCUAUCGGAGAAAGAGCACGAGAGCUUCAUGCAGUGAGCCUGAUGGUCUAAUCAGUGGGUCUGAGGGAGAGCUGCACUUCCCAGAAAGCCUCCACCUAUACUAUGAGAGCAAGCAACUGUGUGUCUGGACCCUGCUGGUUCCAGAGGACAUGCAUAUAUUGUUCAAUAUGUCCCACUUGGAUGUAGAAUCUUGUCACCACAAUUACCUGGCAAUGUAUUCCUUAGAAGACAGGCUCGUUGGGAAAUUCUGUGGAGAAAGCCUCCCUUCAUCCAUUCUCCUUGGCUCCAGUUCUGUCAGGCUGAGAUUCAUCUCUGAUGCCACAGAUUAUUCCACUGGGUUUAAUCUCACCUAUAAAGCUCUCAAGCCAAACUUCCUUCCUGAUUCUGGCUGCAAGUCUCUAACUAUCCUCUUUGAAGAAGGCACAAUACAUAGUCUUCACUAUCCUGAAGACUACAGUGACAUGGCUAGCUGUACCUGGAUUUUUCAAGCCCCCAACCAUUGCCUAAUUAAGCUGUCAUUUCAGAGCCUAGAAAUAGAAGAAAAUGGAGACUGCACUUCGGACUAUGUGACUAUACACAGUGAUGUCGAGAGGGAGAAGGAAAUAGCUCGCCUAUGUGGCUAUGUGGUACCUGACCCUGUGCUGAGCACCUCCAGUGUGAUGCUCAUCAGCUUCCAAUCAGAUGAGAAUGGCACCUCCAGGGGCUUCCAGGCUGAAGUCUCCUUCAUUUCUAGAGCAGAUUUCAAUAUCUCCAUAUCAGAGGACGACUCGGUGCUUCUGGAGACAUGGGAUGUGCCACCUGGAGCAAUGAAGUUUUCUGGUUACUUUGCAGACAUUUGA